AUGGCGGGACACAUGUUGGUCCUUGCCUUUCUUUUAUGCUUUCUUUCCACAUCCAUAGCAAACCGACACUAUGACUCUGACGACGCCUUGGAUAUCUCGUCAAACCCAUUGAACCUACUCUUACGCGACGAGUACAACUGUGGAAAAAACAAGCCGUGUGCAAACGGUGCAUGCUGUGGCAAGUCUGGCUAUUGUGGCUUUGGCGCAAAAUACUGCGGAACAUCUGGGGAGUCCCCCAACGAUGCCUGCUGGAGCAACUGUGAUGCACAUGCGGAGUGCGGUAAGGAUGCAAAGAAGCCCGGCACCAAGUGUCCUCUCAACGUCUGUUGCAGCGAGUUUGGCUUCUGCGGUACUACUGAUGAGUUCUGCGGUGAAGGAUGCCAAAGUGGAUGUAAACAGCCUGGCUCUGGUGCUUCGUCUGGCAAUGUACAGCAGCGCAUUAUCGGAUACUACGAGGCUUUCAAACAUGACACCUCCUGCCAGGGGAUGACGAUCAAGCAGAUUCCUGUUGAGAGUCUGACUCAUGUCAAUUAUGCAUUCGCGUACAUCUCCCCCGACGACUACGAGAUUGGCCCAAUGCCCGAUAUCCCGGAAAGGACCCUGACAGACUUCACUGCCCUCAAGGAGCGCAACCCAAACGUGGUUCUAGGCGUCUCGCUAGGUGGAUGGACGUUCAAUGAUAACCAUACCGACACCCAGGUUGUCUUUGCUGAUCUGAGUUCUACAUCGGAAAAGCGGUCCAAGUUCAUCAAGAACCUCCUUUCAUUCAUGCGUCACUACGGGUUCAAUGCCGUCGAUCUGGACUGGGAGUAUCCUGGUGCACCGGAUCGCCAGCCUGAGGACUGGGAUAGCGCAGACGAUGGCAAGGAUUACGUGAAGCUGAUGCAGGACAUCCGCAAGGCCUUCAAAGAUCAGGGCUUGGAUUACGAGCUCUCCUUUACAGCACCCACCUCUUACUGGUAUCUGCGCUGGUUUGAGAUUCACGAUAUGGUCGAGGCCGUCAACUAUAUUAAUCUGAUGAGUUACGAUCUUCAUGGCGUCUGGGACUCUGAUAACCCCAUUGGAAACCAAGUGCUGGGACAUACCAACCUUACAGAAAUCAACCUGGCGUUGAAUCUUCUCUGGAGGAACGACGUCCCGGCGCGAAAGGUGAACAUGGGGCUUGCCUUUUACGCACGUACCUUUGAGCUCAAGGACAAGCACUGUCGCAAACCAGGCUGUGAAUUCAAACACGGCGGCAAAAAGGGUGCCUGCACUGACACCGAGGGCAUCCUGGCGUACAGCGAGAUUAUUGAUAUUAUUGCUGAAAAUGACAUCGACCCGGUCUAUGACAAGGAGAAUGCUAUCAAGUACAUUGUCUGGAAUGAGAACCAGUGGAUCUCUUAUGAUGACCAGCAAACCUUCCAACAAAAGAUUAAGUUCUUCAAUGAGAAGGGACUGGGAGGGCUGUUGCUCUGGGCCAUUGACCAGGAUGACCGCAACCGCGAUGCCCUUCGCGGCGUGCUCUAUCCGCAGGACCUGGUCAUGACCGACAGUCUCAAAGAUGAUGUUAGCUACUGGCAGAGCCAGCACCCGGGUGACUGUCAGACAACAGAGUGCGGCAAGCGCUGUACUCCUGGCUUUAUUGAAAUGGAGAGUCUCUCGUGUCCUGAUGGCAGCGACAGCGAGUGGCGCAUCUGCUGCCCGCUCUCGUCUGCCCCCGAUCCCAGCACCUGUCAGUGGCGUGGCGGCGACAACGGUGGAGGCCUGUGCAACGGCCAGUGCCAUGGUGGUGAAGUUGCCCUGUCGUCGGCUGUUAAUGGGGGCAACGGCCAUUGCGCAGAUGGCCGUCAAUUCUACUGCUGCCCUAUACCCGAGGUUGCUGCCGGUGGUGGCAUUAACUGCGGCUGGAAGCCGCAAUGCGCUGAGGACCAGGAGAUGCUAACAUUCGCAGGGAGCUUCUUGGGUGCUGUUUCUGAUGCAUUGGACUUUGGUGGUCUGGUUGGACAGGCACUGGGAGACCUGCUGGACAGCGUUGACGCGGAUGUUUCUCAGCGGUACUGCUGUUCCAAGGAGGAAAUCGAGAACUGGAAAGACUGCUACUGGGCGGGGAGAGGCGGUCGAGGCAUCCAUAGCUGCGACGACAAUCACUGCGCCACGGGGCAUGAAGUCGAGCUCACCCUGAGCGGCUAUGGCGAGGGCGAAAACUGCGGCAUAACGCGAGUUGAAUCCUACAGAUCUGGAAUGUAG